AUGGUCGACGCCGACGCCCGCCCGCGCCCCCCGAAAGACUACGAACAAUUCCCGGAUGAAGCUUUGGAGCGGUACCUCGAGCUGCCCAGUGAGGAAACCAUCAAGCAAAUAAGAGCCCUGGAGAUUGAUGAGGGAGACGAGAUGGCUGUACAUCGGAGGAAUGUCCUGAGCCAGAGCCGCCACAACAUGCGCCUCUGCGACGAAUGCGUGCCGGGUCCAAUGGGCUCUGGCUGCAAAGUUUGCCUGGUGAAGUUAUGCUGCAAUCCCUCCAGCUCGCAGGGAACAGCGGCGCCCUCGGCUGCUGCGCGCGACAACUGUGGUGGCGAGUGUGCGAGUCCUAACGGGUUCGAUAAAUUUAUCCCCAGCAUGCGCGUGCGGUGCUUGCAGGCCAUCGACCACUACCGAAUGCUCUCUGACGAUUCCAGCAUAAAAGCUAUUGCAAAGGUGCUAAUGGAACUUUUCGGCUGA